UCUCGAUCUGCUUCGCCUUACUCGCCCACCUCGCCGUCGACCCACGCCCGCCUCCAAUGCCGCCGGCGAGGAGCCCGGCCGCGGGGCUGGGCCGGCGCGGCGUCCCACUCCUCCUCCUCCUGCCGCUGAUACUUCUCCUCCAUCUGACCUCCUCGCCCCGCGCCCUCCCGGCCCUCCGCAGGCCCUCCCAGGCCUGCGACUACUCCGCCGGCGAGUGGUUGCCGGACGCCUCCGCGGGACUCUCCCUCCGCUACGACCACACCUGCAGGGAGAUCUUCAAGGGGUGGAACUGCGUCGCCAACGGCAAGGCCAACGGCCGCGCCCUGCUCCGCUGGCGGUGGAGGCCAUCCUCCGGGUGCGAACUUCCCCGGCUCGACCCGCUCCGGUUCUUGGAGGGCCACAGGGACACCAACAUUGGAUUUGUGGGUGAUUCGUUGAAUCGCAAUAUGUUUGUCUCGUUGGUCUGCAUGCUCAGGGGAGUGAGCAGGGAUGUUCGCAAGUGGCGUCCAGCAGGGGCAGACCGUGGCUUCACCUUCCUACGCUAUAACCUCACCGUGGCAUACCACAGGACAAAUCUCUUGGUACGCUAUAGUAGGUGGUCAGCCAGUCCAAAUGGGGGCCCUCUAGAAUCUCUUGGAUACAAACAAGGUUACAGAGUUGAUGUUGAUGUAACUGACCAAACAUGGGCAGAGGCAUCUAGCUUCCAUGAUAUUCUUAUUUUCAACACUGGGCAUUGGUGGUGGGCCCCUUCAAAGUUUGAUCCAAUACAGUCGCCAAUGCUGUUCUUUGAGAAAGGGAAGCCAAUUAUACCCCCUUUACUUCCACCUGCUGGACUGGAUUUGGCUCUUCAACACAUGAUAACAUUUGUGAACAAAACAAUGAGACCAAAUGCGGUGAAAUUCUUCCGCACUCAAUCUCCUCGACAUUUUGAAGGUGGUGACUGGAAUGAAGGUGGAUCUUGUCAACGUAACCAGCCCUUAUCCUCAGAAGAGGUGGAAGAAAUUUUCUCUUUGGACAAUAACGGCACAAAUGUAGAAGUACGCUUGGUAAAUCAACACUUGAUGAAGGCCCUUAGACAGUCUACUUUCAGAGUUUUGGACAUUACUCGCAUGAGUGAAUUCAGAGCUGAUGCUCAUCCUUCAACAACUGGCGGGAAAAAGCAUGAUGAUUGCAUGCAUUGGUGUUUGCCAGGACCAACGGAUACAUGGAACGAUUUGCUAGCAGCAAAUCUUGAGGAUGUUGAGAGCUAGUCUGAUAGAAGUCCAGAACUUGCCUGAGAAAUUCUCCCUAUCUUUUUUUAGGGGACAUGAAUAUGAAGCAUCAUUUCAUUGGUAAAAUAGAGUUCUAGAAUAGCUAGCUGGUAGUAUUCUUUGCAGCUUGUUCAUAUGGGUGAGAGCGUUCUUUCCACAAUGCCACUAGGCUUGAGGACCCUGUAAAUUUAACCUCAUUGAAGAGUUGUGCUGAUAUACAAAUGCUCAAAUAGGUAAUUCAUUUUGUUUAUUAAAAACUGUUGUUUGCAAGUGUAAACUUAAUGAAAUAUGCGAUGCUUUCUCC